AUGGCAGGCGCUCCCAUCGGAAAUGUCGCGAAGGCCCUCCAGGACCUCAUUGGGAAGACACCUUCGGUCCUGUCUACUCGGCCCGGAAACCUCUAUCAAGUCCUUUCCAGAGCCCCGGACGGAGGUGUUGGCAGGAAGGUUCAUCAGCAGCGGUGGUCUAUGAAGGGGAUCCAGGGCUCUUAUUGGGAGGUUACAAAGACGCAGUUCAAGGAUGAAGGACGGCACGGGAAGGCAUGGGGCGUGUUCUACUGGAAAGGGAGACAAAUAACACCAGCGCCUACGCGAAUCACAGGAGCUCUGAAGUAUUCCUGGAAGGAGGGCAUGUCACAUCCCAACCUUGCGCCUGCUCAACCGAAACCGAAGCCAAUCCAGUCUUUACCUGAGGCUGCUCCCUAUUAGAGUGACAUGGCAUUGGCUUCCCAUCCAUUUCUUGCGCAAUGGGUUACUGGCGCGACGGCCAUCCACCGGCAUGAAAAGGCCCCAGAGGUACUAUAGUUCCGCUCUCGAUUCGAGGAUAGUGAGGGCGAAGGUCAGCUCACAAACCUUAUGCCGGGUGCUAGCGUAGACUCUUGCCAGGUGUGGAGAAUACACCUUGUACUAUAUUCAGCUCGUAAUGUUGUCCCAUAAUGCUCUCCGAUUUCUUUUCCUCCCGCACGAACAAGACUUUCCGACAUAACACGUGGG